UGUUAUUUAUCAUAUUGGAAUAAAAAAAAAAGUGGCUGCGAUAUAAUCAGUCACAUGCUUAGAUCAUUAUCAUUUAUUACAGAACACAUGUGCUGCGGGUUGUGAGCACCACUGUUAACACGUCCAUGAUGUGCACGUCCCUGGUUUCUGUCAUUGUAAGUGUGCCCACUCCUUCCUCUUCAGUCGUCGUCUGCUGCAAACUGCGAGAGGCCAGCGCUGCUGCAAACACACACAUCUCAUUCGAGUGGGCGUUAAACCUUUACCACAGCACACACAUGGAUUAACGACAUUUUUUUUCUCCCCCUCUUCGCUCCAUUAAGCGAGGCUCUGUGUUUCCCGGGGAGCUGACAGCAGAAGAUGAGCCUUUUCUCUCCGCUGGAGGAGGCUUCGCUGCUGCCGUGUGGGGGAGUGGGCAACAUCCUGUGGCGUUUCCUGUGUUUGUAAACUAGACGCUGCUGAAAAACGUCGGAGGUGUGAAGCUAAAAGCUUUAAUGCUAGAUGAGUGAGGUGGGUGUGGAUUCCCACCAGCCCGACCAUCCUGAUUGACGGAUCUCUGGAUGACCUUGUCCCCACCCCUGUCCCUGCGCUCACAUACACCACAGCAAUGUCACAUCUGCCCAGCAGCUCAGUCCGCGACCAUAUGAAAUGGGCGGGGCUGCUUGGCUGCGAAGCUGUCCUCUCCAGCAUGGCCCUGAUGCAGGCCAGCUCCAUGGCGGCUCCGCCCAAAAAAAUGAUGGCUCCACUUGGCCAUGUACCACAGCAGAGAGAGGGACCUGACCGUGGUCCCCAGAGCCACAUGAUCCUCCCCUCUGGAAUGAGCUGUCCACCCCUGCUUAUCCGGAAGGAAGGUGAAUUCCAAGCUCCCCGCCUGCUGGAUGAGAAGGAGAUGAGAGCCAACGAGGACAUGCAGCAGAAAAAAAAGAACAGGAAAUCAGUGACGCCCUGUAAAGUGAGAGAACAAGAAGGAAGGGGAGGGAAGGGCACAGGUGGAGAUGAAAACGGUCCAUCAUCUAAAGUGCAGAAAAACUUUAUUUGUGAUCACUGUUAUGGAGCUUUUAGGAGCGGAUACCACCUGAAGAGACAUAUCCUCAUUCAUACAGGGGAGAAGCCGUAUGCUUGUGCCGUAUGUGACAUGAGGUUUAUUCAGCGUUACCACCUGGAGAGACACAGCCUCAUUCACACGGGGGUGAAGCCGUACGCUUGUUCCAUGUGUGACAUGAGGUUUUUCCAGCGUUACCACCUGGAGAGACACAGACUCACUCAUACGGGUAUGCGUCCAUUUACCGUACCCAGUUCAAGGGUGAAGCCCUACGCUUGCUCCAUGUGUGACAUGAGGUUCUUCCAACGUUACCAUCUGGCAAGACACAGCCUCACUCAUACUGGGGUGAAGCCAUACGCUUGCUCCAUGUGUGACAUGAGAUUUUUCCAACGCUACCACUUGGCAAGACACAGCCUCACUCACACGGGGGUGAAGCCAUAUGCUUGCUCCAUGUGUGACAUGAGAUUUUUCCAGAGAUACCACCUGGCAAGACACACUCUCACCCAUACGGGGGUGAAGCCAUACGCUUGCUCCAUGUGUGACAUGAGGUUCUUCCAGCGUUACCAUUUGGCAAGACACAGCCUCACUCAUACUGGGGUGAAACCAUAUGCUUGUACCAUGUGUGACAUGAGAUUUAUACAACGGUACCAACUGGAAAGACACAGUCUCACUCAUACAGGGGUGAAGCCGUACGCUUGCACCAUGUGUGACAAGAGGUUUUUUCAGCGCUACCACCUGGCGAGACACAGCCUCACUCAUAUGGGUGUGAAACCUUACGCUUGCACCAUGUGUGACAAGAGGUUUUUUCAGCGCUACCACCUGGCGAGACACAGCCUCACUCAUAUGGGUGUGAAACCUUUUGCUUGUACCAUGUGUGACAUGAGGUUUGUUCAGCGCUACCACCUGGCGAGACACAGCCUCACUCAUACGGGGGUGAAGCCGUAUGCUUGUUCCAUGUGUGACAUGAGGUUUAUUCAGCGUAACCACCUGGAGAGACACAGCCUCACUCAUACGGGAGAGAAGCCAUUUGCUUGUGACAUGUGCGAUAUGAGGUUUAUCCAGCGCUACCACCUUGAGAGACACAAGCGUGUCCACAGUGGGGAGAAGCCUUACCAGUGUGAACGGUGCCAGCAGAACUUUUCUCGAACAGACCGGCUUUUGCGGCAUCGGCGGUUAUGCCAGGGUCGCAACGUAGCCAAAGUAGAGAACCAGCCGUGCUGCGAACCACGUCCAUAUCCCCAAGAACCCCCGCCCGCCCCCCCAACCUGGAGUCCUCUGCAUCCCCCUCCAGGCCGGCUGGCAGUCUGACAUUCCACGUUCCCUACAUCCACCACAAGGCUAGAGAAGGGACAAGCCACAGGGUUUCUUUUUCUCAGCUCUGUGCGUAGUGGGGCCACACUAUAGCACAGACUGAUCUUGCAGCUCCAGUCUUGGGAUUACUAAUGACAGAGGGACAUUUUGUGUUAUUAUUUUGUUCACUUUUUACUGUGUUUUCCUUUUUCCUUUUUUUUCCUUUUUAAAGACUAGACUUUUCUGUGAUGAACAGUGGUCCUGUUUUGUACUUAAUCUAAUUGAUUUUUGCAAAAAGAAAAAAAAAAGGUUUAUUAUUGUUAAAAAAUAUCUGCAUUCGGUGGUACUCUGGAAGGGCAGUGGAUAUUGUUGAUCUUGACGUCUUGGCAACAAAAUGGAAUGAAGUGUUGAGAUAAAAGUAUUUGAGCUUCUUUCCAAGUUUCCUUAUGUGGCCCAUUUUGAUGCAAAAGAAUUUGCACUUAGGUCAAAAAUGAAACGGAACAUCCCUUUGUAAUACAAGGAAACCAUUUUGUUGGCGUCUCAUGGACCAGAUCUUGCUUGACUCUACAGGUAACAUAAAGUUACGCAUUAAGACAUUUCACUACAAGCAGCGUCUGGUCUCAAUGUGGCACAAACAACAAGAUUUCCUUGACUUCAUCUUCACAGAAGGUACAGUCUUAAUGAUUUCUUUGUGUAAAUAAUUGAAAAUAUUAAUUAUUAUUUCACCAUGGGGCUUGAGUGAUGAUUUUUUGAAUGCACAAAAUGGGCCAGAAAGAAACUGGAAAUGUAAUAUUAUGUGUCAAACACGGUCGAUCCCCACUAUUUCAGCGAAAUCUUGAGGAACGUAAGAGUGUUAAUGUACAAACAAAAAGAAAUAUCAGACAGUGCUUCAUAACUGUAAACCAGGACUUCCAAGAUGUGUUGAUGAGAGGGCAACCUGCACGUUGUGUUCUGUGUAUGCUGAUGACUCAGGAAAUGGCACAAGAUGGCAGCCUUAGCGAGUCCUCCUCUUCUGUUACGCUAUUGUACUUAGUGUAUAUUUUCAGUGUAUACAGAGAUCUCCAGUGCUUAAAAGAAAACAGUCUCUCAGCUCUGUCCAUAGACCAUGGUCUAAAAUAAGGCAGGUUGGCCACUUAAAGUCCCAUUAUGUUGUUUGUACAGAUUCUCACAUUGUGAGAUUAGUGGGGGUAUACAGAAUCUCGUGGCCUUAGUGUGUUCCUGUUUAUUUUAUUUUAUUUUCAUUUACUUUUUUCUUAACUGUUCAUUAUUGUGGAUCAGAUGUAUUUACUGAGAUGGCACAGCCUUUCAUCAUCAUGGUUUGUGUUUUUUAUUUUAAAGCCGUCGUGGUUACAGAAUGUUGAUGGCUUUACUGGCGCUAAAAAAGACUAAAGUGUUCUCCUGUCGAAAGAGGUUGUCUUUAUGAUGAUAAUGAAUAUUUGGGGUCGUGUUACACAGUGUAGAAUCCUGAAGGAGCCCUUAGGAGUUGGACAGUCCAUGUGAGAAGUCGGUAAUGCUCAAUUGAUUCCCACUGCAGUGCUUUGGCCACUCACAGGCCACAGCAGAAUCAACACUCGCUUGACUCUGCGUCACACUAACAAUUGCCUUUUUUAUCCAAAUACUAUGUGGUUGGUGUGUAAUACUGGAUGUCUGUCAUGUCAUUGGGUUUAGCCUUAAGUAAGUGCAGAUACACAAAUAAUCAUUGUAGUACUAAAUGAUAUUGUAACAAACAAUUUCUUUUCAAGAUUGAACUUUGUUCGUCCUCCCUUGGAGGUCUCUGGCAGAGAGACGUUUGAUCGGAGCCGCUGUGCUGCCUGUUGAGGAAAUUCUCAAACUUGAUCCUUUCUGUGAUUGGCUAGUCAGUGGUGUGAUGUUUAACCCAGAAUUCAGUGCUGGGUGGGAGGAUUAGUCUACCAGACCAAACAUGUGCAUAUUAAGACGUCAUAACAGAGAGCGAGUACCCGGCGGCAGAAAUCCAUCAAGGGGGAUGCUAGGGACUGCAGUCUGAUUCGAUUUACACAUUGUUUUAAUUUAAAGUUUCAGAUGAGACUUUAGUGGACAUAAAUCUAUUGAUUUCAAGACAAAGUGGUGUGACGUUUGUGUGCACAAACCGGGGAUUUAGUUUGAAGUGAAAGGAUAAAGUUUGAGAAAUGCAUUACGUUGCUCUGGAAACACAUAUUCCAAAUAUGUGGAAGGGAUACCGCUAACAUGAGCACACACUGACAAAUGGCUAAAGGGCAAUACAGUAUAUAGUUGACGUCACUUAUUAAUACCUUUUUGUCAUUUAUUGUUUUUUAGUAUUAUCAAUCUCAUUGUUUAAAGGCAAUAGAACCCUUGAGUCUCAAAUCAUUUGUUUAUAAGAUUGAGGUUUAAUUUUUCAGACGGAUCAAAUGAUUUAUUUGAUUCUGAGGAUUUCUCAUCACAUUUUUGAUGAUUGUUUCAAGGACCUUUUUUUAUUCUGAUGAAAAUGUAAACACUGGAGUGAAAGGAAAAAAAGACAAAAAAGAUAUGGAUAUUUUUUCCUUCAGACUGUACUAGAUUUUAGGUUUUAGACAAAGCCUAUUUCUCCUCAACCUGACAGAAAGUGGACUGAACAAUUUGGAUCAGUACAGUUGAGAGCCCAGUAUGUUCAGUAAUUUUGACAUUAGACGCAGUAGUUCCACAACAAAAUGUUUUCUUUCUUAUACAAAGUCCCUGGUAUUUGUAGUAAAUUAUAUUGAUAAUGGUAUUAGAUGAACAACAGCAUAACAGUAGCUAUCACAGAUUAGUUGUUUUCUUUAUUAGUCUUGCAUGCAGAGUUAUGGUCCUCAGUUAAGAUAGGAUCUUGAUAUUGAUUAUUUUGUGUAGGAAAAUGAGUGCAUAAGAAUAACUUCCUAAAAAAAUGUUACAAUGAUUAUUGUAAAAUGGGCUAACUAAUAUGUACCCUUGUGAUCCAAUUAGUUUCAACUGUAUGAAAAUCAGAGGAGAGGCUUAUUAUUAUGCUGAAUAAAAGAAUUUGUAAAGGAAA